ACAGGCAUGCGAAGCCGCCAAAGGCCGGCUGGCAAAGCCUUGACUACAACGCUCACGCACGAUAACAUCAAAGUGUGAUUUGUUUGAUAACAUUCUUUGAACCUAGUCUACCUGAGAACACAAGAAACCAGUAUUCUGAGGGUCGAUGAUAUUUCUUAUGUAUAUUGUACCACAUUGCAUUUCGCUGUUAUCGCCGCAGUCUUUUCCUUCAGAUUUUCGUUCGGUUUUUCAAGGUUUUGCUUGCAGAUUGCGGAAAAAGCUGUGCUUUUGCGCUAGUUCAAUGGAUGAAAUCUUGACUCUGUUAUUACAAAAGGAUUAUGUAGCAGAAAACAAACUGUCUGCAGCUCUUGCACCAUUUUGCGAGCUUCUCCUUCUUCACAAGUUUUUUUUCAGUUGCCUUCUACUUGCUUCAAAACCCAUGCUUACGCAUUGACUAAAAAGCACUGGCAGGUACCAUGGCGAUACAUGAAGGUUAGAAUCACGGAGUGCCGGAUCCGCCACGCCGGAGUGCGCUAUUUUCAUCAAUCAACGCUGGAUGACGGGAAAGGGAAUCGCAGCGGAACCGUGGGAGUUAUAGUUUAGGCAGCCAGCAUGUAUUCGUAUAACAUCGGUGCCACUAGGUAUUGGGUUGAUGUCGCGAGCGGCCAACAUUUCCCGGUACAACAGCCUCAUCUACCCAGCAAUGGUCACAUUUCGGGGACUUCAGCUGAGAACGAAAUCCCGCUGCAGAUGAAUUAUUCGUUUGCCUCCAUUCCGCAAACAAAAACAGUUCACAGGGAAACACCGCAAUUCCCUCUUGCUAAUACUGAAGUGCAUACUCAACAAGGAUGGCUCAGUCGCUGGAACACCGAAGACCAUACAGCAGCCACUCCGCAUUCCUUUGGUCGCACGUGUUCCACGUCCAGUAUUCCCAGACCCCAAAGCGUGCCAAAACAGAAACCUGGAAAAGUUAAUCCUCGGGACAUGUACGACAUGACGUGGAAGGAGAAACAGGAAAUUGUGCAUUUAUUCGACAAUGGUCGCUCUUGUUCCCACAUUAUGCGGAAGACGAAGCUGUCCGCCCACCACAUUAAAAAUGUCCUGGACGCAGCUGGCAGAACGGUCGUCUUUAGAGAUUAUGAUCGGGAGCGGUACAAUACGUUGCGGCCGGUUGUUCUGGAGUUGUUCGCUCAGGGCUGGUCGCCUCGGGCGAUAGGGAAGCACGCUCAAACUUCCAGUUUAUGGGUGGAUAAAAUAAUACGGGAUGCCGGAUUUACUCCCGAGACGCCACCCGCGCGAAUGUACCGUCGCACAGAAAGAACGAAUCCAUGGAUCGGGGGCCAGCCUGAUUCUGCCACCCGAGGUGUGUGCUCGUUUGACUCCGCCAGCGGAUCGCGUGUUAGCUGCAGUAGUCUGAUGGAAACCAGUCAGUGGCAAUACAAACGUACGAGCGACACCAAAGUGUAUACCGGGUACUGCCAGGAAGAGACCAGCAUCGCCAAAGACGACGCCUUGGAUAGAAAGGCGUUCGGAUGUCACGAGGAAACGAGUAUUUCGGAAGUCAACUUCAAAACACCCGUUCCGAUGGAACAAUAUUCCUCCGGUCACAUAAACCCACAGAGCACAAUUAUCGAAUAUUCCAGUUUGUCGGCGGAUAAUUACGUGGAAAUUCCAUCCGAAAUGCCGUUGCUUCCGGCAGAAAAUGCGAAUUUGGACGAUUUUACUGCCAGAUAUCUGUGCCGGGUUUGCCGUUUAUCUUGGCACGAAGAGGAAGCAUUUCUCUUACAUCUGGCAAACAAAGAGCAUGAACAGAUUUGUACGACCGGAAUUUUCUUAUACUGUACUGGAUGUAAAUUCAGAACCCGAAAACCGGCGACCAUGGGCAGACACAUUGUCAAGUACCAAUCGCAAACCACGCCUCCAAACUGUAGCAUGCAUGCUAUUAAAUUAGAGACUGACACUUGCUAGUAUUGUUGUCGUUUCCAUUUCUGUUUUUUAAUUGAGAGCAAUAUUUGUAUUGCUGGCACAUUUUACGCUGUGGAAAUCAAAUUGGGGCAAUAUUUUUUACUUCGUUUUGUUAUUUGGAGUGACAUUGAUCUUUAACAGUA